GUCGCAUCAACUGGAGAACUCAACCGCUCCGACUCAGAAUUCUAUCCUAUCCGGCAAAGUAUCGGUCUUUUCCCGAUAAAAGAAGCUGUCGUCGCUGUCGCCUCGAUCGCGGCUUCGCCGUCUCAUCGAUUCCCUACUCGACUUCAAUUCGAUAUUUGCGGUCGACACCCUCCUCUUCUCCAGCUGAUUCCAAGAUCGUUUGUGCCCCGUUGUCGUGUAAUCGAAACUGAUGGAUUUCAAUUUUUAGGGUUUUCUAAUGUCCUUGGCUGUGCCCUUUUCAAGAUCCCAUCUUUCGAUUUUCGUGUUGAACAAUGAGUAGAAGCAGCAUAGAUGAUGACCGGGACUUCACCAACUCGGUUAACACUGUUAAUACUUUUGUUCUUUUUGGAAAAACUGGCAAUGGAAAAAGUGCAACUGGCAAUAGUAUUCUGGGCAGAGAGGCAUUCUUGUCAAGGCUUAGCUUGUUUGGCGUGACGAGUACUUGUGAAUUGCAAAGCACUGCGUUGCAGGAUGGUCGGAUUGUGAAUGUCAUUGACACACCGGGACUGUUUGAUAAUUCUGAUGAAUCAGAGGCCACCGGCAAAGAGAUUGUUCGAUGUGUAAAUUUGGCAAAGGAUGGCAUUCAUGCAAUACUUAUGGUUUUUUCUGCUAGAUCGCGUUUCUCACCCGAAGAAGAGUCUGCAAUUGAAAGUCUCAAAACCUUUUUCGGUGAGAAAAUCCUUGACUAUAUGAUUGCAGUUUUUACUGGUGGAGAUGAUCUGGAAAGCUGUGACCAAACUCUCAAGGAAUUCAUAGGUUGUACAAAGCAUCAGUCUCUACAGAAAUUUCUCGAAUCCUGUAAAAAUAGGAUUGUGCUUUUUGAUAACAAGACUAAAGAUGAGACCAAACGAGCUAAGCAGAUGCAAGGACUUUUAUAUCUUGUGGAUUCUGUCAUCGCAAGCAAUGGCGGAAAACCAUUUUCAGAUAAGCUGUUUGAUGAACUUAAGGAAGGAGCUUUGAGGCUCCAGCACAAGGAGAAAGAGGUUGAAUCUAUGAAAGGAUAUUCUGAGCAACAGAUAUCUGCAUUGAAGGAAGAAAUAUACAGUUCCUAUGAUGAUCAGCUUGCACGAGUAACUGAAAUGGUCGAGCAUAAGCUAAUGCAAACCGUGGAGAAACUCAAGAAACUGUUGGCCGAAGAGCAAGCUGCACGCCUAAAAGCAGAGAAGAUUUCGCAGGAAGCCACAAAGAGGUCAGGCAAAGAGAUCGAUAGGCUAAGGGCGAACCUGGAGAGAGCUAAGAAGGAUGCCGAAGAAUUCAGAAUGCGUGCCGAGAGUAAGAAAAUGUGUGUCUACCUGUGAAAUCUCAUCGGCCGGUUCCAUAGUUGCAUUUGUCUAGUAGUUUUCGGCUAGUUAUAGAUUCUAGAUUUCACUAUGAGAAAUUUUUCCUCAUAUAUGGGAAGAACUACUUAGCACUUGCAUCUAUAUGGUUUGCAUCAUGUAUUUUGUGCAGUCAUUGUUAGCUUUUAAUCUUUUGGUAUAUUUGUCCA